GAACCAACUCAAGAUAAUAAAUUGUCACUUUCACUUCCCAAAUUAAUUUUUAUACAAAUAAAUUCAAUGUUAUAUAUUAUACUAAAUUUCGCCUUCCACACAUGAGGUCUCUAAUUCAAUCUUCAAAUUACAACAUACUACAUACUUCAGAAUAAUUUUAAAAUAAAUUAUUUUUAAAAAAUACAAAAAACUGUAAAGGGACCCCACUGUACGUACCGUGUAAUUAUGAUGUAACUAAGUGCUAACUCUAGUGUUAUAAUAUUAUGUUAUAUCAUUAAGGUAGGCAUAGAAAACGAACUCAAGGCCACCAUAUUAUAGAGAAAUAGUAGUAAGAGAGGGGGAGGAAAAACUGCCCUAACAGGGUGAAGCAAAGUGUUGCCAAAGAAAGGGUGACGCUUGUCAUGUAGAAUUAGCCUUCACCUAUCUCCCUCUCUAUAUAAAGGCCCCCCCACUUCACCUCAAAUUUGAACAACAUUAUUCCCAAACAAUUACAACAACAACAAUUUUCAACAACACAAAAUCAAACCUUUGCUUAUUUUGCCUCCUAUCUUUGUUUCCCCCCCCCCCCCUUAUUAUUCCCCAAAAGCCAACAACAUCAACAACAACAACAACCAUGCAAUACUCUUCUCUCCUUUCCUUUCAUUCUCCUCUUCUUCUUCUUCUUCUUCUUGUUUCUCCUUCUACUUCUUUCUUAAUCUCACUAUUUCUCUUCUUUUUAUCUCUCCUAUUUCUUGUUACUCUUUUCCAAUUACUAUGGUUUUUUUACCCCAAAGAUAGAAGACCUCUACCCCCUGGCUCUAUGGGUUGGCCUUAUCUUGGUGAAACUCUUAAACUCUACACUGAAAAUCCCAACUCUUUCUUCUCUAAUAGACAAAAAAGGUAUGGUGAUAUAUUUAAGACUCAUAUAUUGGGAUGUCCAUGUGUAAUGAUAUCAAGUCCUGAAGCCGCAAAGAUAGUUUUAGUAAGUAAAGCUCAUCUUUUUAAGCCAACAUAUCCACCUAGUAAGGAGAAGAUGAUUGGUCCUGAGGCUUUGUUUUUCCACCAAGGAGCCUACCAUUCUAAGCUCAAGAAGCUUGUUCAAGCUUCCUUUCUUCCUAAUGCUCUUAAGGGUGCCGUCUCUCAAAUUGAAAAUAUUGUCCUCGACUUUCUUCCUACUUGGGAGAAUAACUCCAUCAACACUCUAGUUGAGAUGAAAAAGUAUGCAUUCGACGUGGCAAUAAUCUCGGCCUUUGGUGACAAAAAAGAGUUGGAGGUUGAAGGCAUCAAGCAUUUGUACCAAUGCUUAGAGAAGGGAUACAAUUCUAUGCCCCUAAAUUUUCCCGGAACUCCUUUUCACAAAUCUAUGAAGGCAAGGAAGCUUCUAAAUGGGACAUUAAGGAAGCUUAUUGCAAAACGAAAGGAGAAUAACAACAUAGAUGGAGGAUUAUUAGGAGUGUUACUUAAAUCAAGAGAGCAAGAAACAUCAAGUAAUUAUGAAUUAAGUGAUUCACAAAUUGCUGAUAAUAUUAUUGGAGUCAUUUUCGCUGCUCAUGAUACUACUGCUAGUGUCCUCACAUGGGUUCUCAAAUACUUACAUGAUAAUCAACAUCUUCUCGAAGCUGUUACGAAGGAACAAGAAGGAGUUAGACAAAGUUUGAUAGAGGCUAACCGUGGUCUUACGUGGGAGGACACUAGAAACAUGCCUUUGACUAGCCGGGUGAUUCAAGAGACGUUGAGAACAGCAAGUAUACUAUCAUUUACAUUUAGAGAGGCAGUCCAUGAUGUUGAGUUUGAAGGGUAUUUGAUUCCAAAAGGGUGGAAAGUGUUACCAUUGUUUAGAAGCAUUCACCAUUGCGCUGAAUUCUUCCCUCAACCUGAAAAGUUUGACCCUUCAAGAUUUGAGGUACCACCAAGACCUAACACGUACAUGCCAUUUGGUAAUGGAGUCCACUCUUGUCCAGGAAGUGAGCUAGCCAAGCUUGAAAUGCUAAUUUUCGUGCACCAUCUCACCACCACCUACAGGUGGAAAGCAACAGGAGAUGAAGAUGGAAUACAAUAUGGACCGUUUCCUGUUCCAAAGCAUGGUUUUCCCAUAAUGGUGCACCCAUGAAAGUGAAUGAAAUAAAUUUGGAGCAAAUCUAGCUAUAACAUCUUUAAGUUUUAGCAAUAAUGAACAAGAAUACCAAGGAGAAAAAGAAGAAGAUGUAAAAAGUGUUUGAUGGAGGGACCAAAAGCCACCAACAGAGAAGGCAGCGUACUCCAUUUUAAUUCUUAACCCUUCUUUUAAUUCCUACUAAUCCUUUCGUUUUUUUUUUUUUUUUUUUUUUAAGGAAAUAUUCCUUUUACAUGUGCCUUGAAAGUUUUAAUGCACAUGUAUUUUAUUUUAUUUUAUUUUUUAAAAUUAAUUUUUAGGGGGAGGGCCCAAUUAUGUAUCCUCCAUUGAGAUUAGUAGUAGUAUCACUAUCAUUAAGAUGAUAGUAAAUGUAAGUAAUAAUGUAAGUUUGUGAAGAGGGAAAAUGAAAUCCAAAAGGUUGAGAAAUUAAAGAUGAUUUCAGUUUGGGCUGAAAUUCUUUAUUUUAUUUCUAUGGUAUGGUAUUCAAUUUUG